AUGCGCUCCACAUUCAAAUUACGGCAGCCGCUGAACUUUGCAUUGGCAGCCGCGGCGUCCAAGCAGAUGCCCAGUCUGUCUUUGCUCAAGGUGUCGCCGCUGUUGACUGCAGUGGCUGCUGAUCCGGAUUCGAGAAAGUCGAUGACGUCUGUGUGUGCAGCAGUCUUCAGAUGGCGUUGGCUAGGAGUCCGUGGACGUGCCAUGCUUCGAAGGCUUCUGACAGGUGCUGGGCGGUUGCUCCGACUGGCAGAAGGCCCUCUGGACAAAUGCGGAUUUGCGUAUUUUCUCAGUGCGAAGUUUACGAAUCUUUGCACCGUCGCCCUGGCAACCGAGAUCCGGCUGCAACAGCAGGAACGAUAA